AUGCGGCCAUCACCCACCUACAAGUCGUGCGAUACGUGUCGGCGCAAGAAGGUCCGAUGCGCCCCCAACGAAAGCGCAGCGGAUGGAUCACCGUGCGUCGCUUGCGUCAAGGCAGGAGAGGACUGCACCUUCAACAUCGGGUACAAGAAGCCCGGACGCCCGAGCGGUGUACGCGGUGAAACCACUGCGCACAGCUCGCGGUCGCGGUCGCGGUCGCCGAGUCCAUGGCGGCGACAAUCAUCGAGGGAGACUACUUCAAUGCCGAAUCGUGCAGCGCCCGCCAACACGCAACCUCUCGCCGGCGUAUCUAUCCUGACGGCAGGUUCUGGCUUACCUGACGCCGCCGCCCGAGUCCCCGACGACGCCGCUCCAGCUCCGGACGCGGUCUCGUUUGACCUGGACCCACCGUCCAUCUCCCCACUGUUCACUUUCCUCACGGACGAUGGCCAAACCGAGUCACCUCGGUCAUUACUGGCUGGCCCUUCUUUCCCACUUGGUUCUCUCCCAGCAAGUACGCCAGCGAUAAUACACCCGGCGACGUUGGUGCCAACGGCCAGCACCGCCCCGCGCGCGCCCGAGACCGCCGCCCUCCCUACCUCACCCAUCUCACCCAACACGCAGAUCGAGGACGUCGCGUCGUGGGACGUUAUCAUGUUCUUCCUCAAGCUCUACCUCCAGUACAUGCACUCGCUCUUCCCCGUGGUUCACAAACCGAGCUUUUUCGAGAUGGUCGCAAUGCGCGCAGACCAAACCGACCGCAACCUCCGAGCUCUGAUGCUGGCCCUAGUGGCGUACACUAUCGGCCAAGUCCCCCUCAACCGCAUGCAGCCGAUGUACAGCCGUGCAACUCUGGAACGACUGCAGCGCAGGUGUCACCGCGCGAGCCUAGUAAUGCUGGACCGCAGCUACGCCGAGCCGACUUUGGUGCACGUUGGCGUCCUCAUGGCCAACUACUUCUGCUGCCAGAGUCGUGGACAGGUACACCGCGCUCUCGCUCUGCUCGCCGAGGCAUGUCAGCUGACAUACUUGUUGCGCAUGCAUGAGGAUAAGGAUCAACCAAACAUUGUGGACCGGGAACUGUGCCGGCGUAUCUUUUGGCACGUCUAUGCCGUCGACAUUACAGAAGCGUGCGCCGGCAACAUGGUCCAUCUGAACGACUUUGAGGGCCUCCCAUCGCUCCCGCUCGUCGUCGAUGACGAGCUCAUCACACCGCGUGGGGCAUUCGAACAAGCCUCCGGCACAGUCAGCUACAUGGCUGGAUUCAACGGGUGUGUACAGCUGUUCCCUCUUCUCGCACAAGUCAUUGUCCGCUCGAAGCGGCUGGCCAUCCGCCAGCGACAAGGGCGGCUGCUGUCACCGGAGGAAGUCGAGGGCGAGCUAUCGUGGGAGGCCGACCUUCGAGCCACACUUGAUGGCAUGAUCGCGGCGCUCCCGCCCCAGCUACGCGCCGAAUGGAUAGACAAUGGGGAUGCCGAGUCAAGCUACGACGCCAUCCUCGGCAUGCAGCGCGCCAACAUCUUCGUCACGGAAUCCUCCCUGAGGAUAUGCUUGCUCGACUACAUCUCAGAGAUCGUGCCGAGUGAAGAGAUUGCAGCUGCCCGCUCGUCACUAGCCCACCGCGCGUAUGAAGCGCUCUCCAGCUUCCCGCUCGACCACCUGGCCGCCAACGGCGAGAGUAUCCGCGGCAAGAUCUUCCGCAUCGUCAUGGCGCUGCUCAAGACACCCGACAUGGAUACCGCCUGGAUCGACAUGGUGCACAACUGGUGGGGUCUGUUCUCGCGAGUCAACUUUGUGCAGCUCGGCCCACCAUCCAUCCUGCUGGAUAGCGAAUCCGAGUGA